CUCUCUCUCUCUCUCUCAUACAGACAAGCUGGCUUUACCAUAGCUCAGUAUCAACUAGCCAGUAGUGACCCAGUGCCUGCCCAGACUGGUCCUGCCUUGCCAAACGGCUCUGAGGCUGACAGCUAACUGACUGACAGAGGAUAACAUGAAGCACAGCGAAAACGAGGAAUAGGCUACACACUGUGAGUGAGUUCUCUAAAAAGAAGAAGAGAGAAAAAAAGGAGGGAUACACGCUGCUGUGACUUAAUAACUAGAGGGAGAGAGAGAGAAACAAUGUCUUAGAGGAGGAGGAGUUGUUUGAACAGAACUGAGCGGCCUACAGGGCCACAGGACUAGCCCGGGUGUAGCCUACCGUUGGACCAGGCUAGCUGGGCUGUUUCUGUCGGACACCGCUGUUACUCAAGAUGCUAACAUCCGCCCUGGACAACCGUUAAACAGGGAAGGCAAGUUACUGCUGCAGCAUCCGAGCGCGUGCGUGGUGUGGUGUGUGUGGUGUGUGUGUGGGUGUGUGUGUGUGUGUGUGUGUGUGUGUGUGUGUGUGUGGUGUGUGUGUGUGUGUUCACUAUGAGUCUUGUCUCGGGCUUCCCUCACCACCCGGUCAUGCACCACCACGACAGCCACCACUACUCCUUGCAUGCGGCGGCGGCGGCGGCGGCCGGUCGAUGUCACGAGGACACCGGGGCUCCUCCGUACUUCACGAGCUGGCUGAUAAGCCACGCGGAUAUGUCUCCCACAGAGUAUAGCCUCGCGCCCGGCUACAGCCCAGAGUACCAUGGUAACAGCGGCGGCGGGUCCACAGGCGGCCUGGACCCCCACCAUCACCACCACCACCACUACGGACCCGGCAGCUUGGUCCCGGGGGCCGGCGCCAUCUCAGUGAACGGAGCCGCGGUCGGCAUGCACCCCCAUCACACACACCCACGGCCCGUGAAGCGGAGACCCACGGCCAACCGUAAGGAGAGGCGGCGGACCCAGAGCAUCAACUCGGCCUUUGCGGAGCUGAGGGAGUGUAUCCCCAACGUCCCGGCCGACACUAAGCUGUCCAAGAUCAAGACACUGCGGCUGGCCACCAGCUACAUCUCCUACCUGAUGGACAUCCUGGACAAGGACGGACAGCACGGAGACACGCAGGCUUUUAAAGCCGAGCUGAAGAAAACGGAGGCCCGGGAGGAGCGGAGGAAGAGAGAGCCGGUGGAGAUCCCUAAGGCAACAUCGUCAUCAUCGUCAUCCUCCUCGUCAGCGGGCGAUAAGAAGAGUAAAGGACGGACAGGAUGGCCUCAACAUGUCUGGGCCCUGGAACUCAAACAGUAGCCCCCCCCCCCCCCCCCCCCCCCCCCUCCCUCGCUCCAUCCUGAGAGCUGAUAGCACCCUUUCCCUCCUCCAGCUCAGCCCGCGACGAGAGUGAUGAUGGGACAUUAAUGACGAACUGUAAUGGCAGUCGAUCAUCAUCAUGUCUCUGGAGCGCGAGGCUGUUACCUUUCCACAGACCGUAGCUCCGUUCACCUCACCGUGGUGAGACACCGAGUAAAGUUACUAUAGUUGGAGUUUGUCAUAAAACAUAACUUCAGAUUUAUAACUCCCCCAUCGUUCAUCACGCGGUUUGGUUCCGUGUCGGGGUUGGUCCCCCGGGUUGGUGAUGGGAUAUGUAGUCUAUGCUGAAUUAAAAAGGGGUCUAAAGCUCUAGGUUGGGUUCUACCAGAUGUGUACGCUUCCACUGAGAAAAGUAGCUUUACACCACUGCUGGAUUUGAACGGAGUGCGGCGGAGUCUCUCUUCCUGUCGAGAAAAAGGGUUGGGGACAGGCGGAACUAUUUUCUCUCUCUCUCUCUCUCUCUCUCUCUCUCUCUCUCUUCAAAACACCCCCCACGCCACCACCACCAACACACACACACACACCACACAACACCCCACACACACACACACACCGUGUUCCCUGCUUUAUUUAACGGAACAUAUUUAUGUGCAAUGCAGCCGUUAGAAGGACCCAAACAGCCAUUCCGCUUACUGAUUUCGGACAUUUACUGAGUAGGCUACCUUUGAUCUAACGACAAACUGUAUGUGAAGCUCGCUCUCCCUCUCUCUCUCUCUCUCUCUCUCUCUCUCUCUCUCUCUCUCUCUCUUUCUCUCUCUUUUCUCUCGCAAUUUUUUGGUUGUAAAUGUACUGACGUCACAACGAUGACGAAGUGUCCAUGUUGUGGUGUGAAAAUGUGGUGGGAGUCUAAAUAAUGUUUUAUGUUGGUUGUAAACAGUGUCAUGAAUUCAAUAAACCACCGCCUGGUUACAUGGUAA